ACAACCAAACUUGGCUGAUAACUCGGAUUUAAAAAGAAAGGGGAGGAAAAGCCCCAGCCCCUUGCCUGCGCGGUCGGGAGGACGGGAGGGCGGCCGGCGCGGCGGGCCGGGCGCGGGUGCCGGUGCCGGCGGCCGCGGCGCGCCUGGAUGCGCGGGCUGUAGUGGGGCGGGCAUGGCCGACAAGCGGCGGUCCUCGCCCGGCACGACCAUGAGUCUCAAGGCUCACGCCUUCUCCGUGGAGGCGCUCAUCGGGGCCGAGAAGCAGCAGCAGCAGCAGCCGCCGCCGCGGCAGCUCAAGCGACGGAAGCUGGGCGGCGAGGACGAGGCGGCGGAGGACGAGGGGGGCAGCGGCUGCUGCGCCAAGAGCUCCCCGGUGGCCGGCGCCGCCGGCAGGACCUGCGGCGACAUGGAGCUGGGCUGCGCCGCCCGCGCCCCCGCCGGUGAGUGGAGCCCCCCCGCCCGGCAGGUCCACGCUCCCCGGCCCCCCUCGCUUCCCCCGCUCUCCGCUCUCUCCGCAGGCGGCUGCGAGGAGGGCUUCCUGGCGGCCUCCCCGCCCGCCUCCCCCGGCGGCUCCGCCAAGGGCUCGAGGCCCGGCUCGCCGCUGCCCACGCCGCAGGCGCCGCGGGUGGACCUGCAGGGCGCCGAGCUCUGGAAGCGCUUCCACGAAAUCGGCACCGAGAUGAUCAUCACCAAGGCGGGCAGGCGGAUGUUUCCCGCAAUGAGAGUGAAGAUCUCAGGUUUAGACCCACAUCAGCAGUAUUAUAUUGCUAUGGAUAUUGUGCCAGUGGAUAACAAAAGAUACAGGUAUGUUUAUCAUAGCUCCAAGUGGAUGGUGGCUGGUAAUGCUGACUCCCCGGUACCACCUCGUGUUUACAUUCACCCUGAUUCACCCGCCUCUGGGGAGACGUGGAUGAGACAAGUGAUCAGCUUUGACAAACUGAAGCUUACCAAUAAUGAGCUGGAUGAUCAAGGGCAUAUUAUUCUUCACUCUAUGCAUAAAUAUCAGCCUCGUGUCCAUGUCAUCCGAAAAGAUUGUGGAGAUGAUCUGUCCCCUGUCAAGCCUAUCCCUUCAGGAGAAGGGGUGAAAGCCUUCUCCUUUCCAGAGACAGUUUUCACUACUGUCACAGCAUACCAAAAUCAACAGAUUACUCGUCUGAAGAUUGAUAGGAAUCCAUUCGCCAAAGGGUUUAGAGAUUCAGGACGGAACAGAAUGGGACUGGAAGCUCUGGUAGAGUCUUACGCCUUCUGGAGACCUUCACUGAGGACACUUACAUUUGAAGAUAUACCUGGGAUACCCAAACAAGGAAAUGCAGGUUCCUCUACUUUACUCCAGGGAUCUGGCAGUGGAGUGCCAUCUACCCAUCCUCACCUUUUACCGGGUUCCCCUUGCUCAUCUCCAGCCUUCCACCUCAGUCCCAACACUAGCCAGCUCUGUAGCCUUGCUCCAGCUGACUACACAGCUUGUGCCCGCUCAGGCUUGACCCUGAACAGAUACAGCACUUCUUUGGCUGAAACCUACAACAGGCUCACAAACCAAACCAGUGAGACGUUUGCACCCCCGAGGACUCCCUCCUAUGUUGGUGUGUCAAGUAGCACAACUGUGAAUAUGUCUAUGGGUGGCAAUGAUGGGGAUGCAUUCAGCUGCCCGCAGACUGGCUUAUCUAUGCAGAUUUCAGGGAUGUCUCCACAGCUCCAGUACAUCAUGCCAUCCCCAUCCAGCAAUGCCUUUACCACUAAUCAAACCCACCAAGGCUCCUACAACACGUUUAGACUGCACAGUCCCUGUGCGCUCUAUGGAUAUAACUUUUCCACAUCCCCUAAACUGGCUGCCAGUCCUGAGAAAAUUGUUUCUUCCCAAGGAAGUUUCUUGGGGUCCUCGCCAAGUGGAACCAUGACGGAUCGGCAGAUGUUGCCCCCCGUGGAAGGAGUGCACUUACUUAGCAGUGGGGGGCAGCAGAAUUUCUUUGACUCUAGGACCCUAGGAAGCUUAACACUCUCGUCUUCUCAAGUGUCUGCACAUAUGGUUUGAUGAAGCCUUUAAGUAAAAGUACAGUAUGUUUGGUGUCUACAAUGUAUUUCUUUUGGAAUAUGAAAGGACACUCGAUGUAGCUUGUAAAGUGUGUGUAUAUAUAAUAUGAGAGGAAGUUUCACUGAAUUUUUGACUUGCUUGUGGCCAGAUUAUUCUUGUAUUUUGAGUUACACAGAGUUUGCUGCGGCACAGACUGCUUUAGUUUUCUGGUAUAAUACACUUAGUUGCAUAACACGUUGAGACAUAUGCAACAAAUUAAGUAAGACUUCCUCCCCUUUCCCCCUCCUCUGUUCUAACCCCUUUAAAGAAUGAAAUGACACUUGGAGUAUUAAACAACACAAACAAGCCCGCUUACAUUUCCUAUAGUACUAGUGAGUUUCUUUAAAACAUUCGUAGAAUGAUAAGCUGAUGCACCAAAGGCAUUUUACAAGUUUCUUCUCUGUUACAAGGGAUAUGAAGGGUAUUUGGACUUUUAAGUGUUAAGCAUCAAGCAUCCAGCCUAAAAUAGAAGUUUAGCUAAUGGAUUAUUUACAAAGUAAACGGAAAGAUUAGUUUGCCUUCUCAGGAUAUGCUGUUUUUAGUCUAUCAACAGCACAGCAUUCUCACUAGGAUUUUCUUCUUUUUCAGCAUGAGUCUAGAUUUAUGAUUAGGUAUUUGAAGACAAAUAAUGCAUAUUCAAUUUGUGGUGAUAGGAGUAAUUUAAACAAACGGCAGAAGCAGCGGCAUUCCUUGGUACAGAAUGAACUUCGGGGUGCUUCAUUUUUAUCAAAGGAAGGGCUUGAUGCAUUUUUUCCUCCAUAAAUAUUGCCUAUAAGACAUUUACUGGACAGUAGGAUAUUCUAAUGUAUCUUUGUUUUUGUAUUUUUACUUUUUUAAAGGAAAAUGCAGGUUUGAUGUAGGAAAAAAAAGUGAGCAGGAUGAGAAAUUCCAUUGUUGGUUUUAUCCAUUUGUGUGUGUGUUGUUUUGGGUGUGAGUUUGUUUGUUCGUUUGGUUUUUUUAUAAGGGCAAAAAGUCCUCCAUCCUCAGUAUCUCGUAAAUAUAUUGCCUGUAUCAAUUAGGCAGAUGACCCAGUUUGCCCACAAGUGUUUCUGGAAGCAGAACUUUUUUGUAGCUGCCUCCCUGCUGCUCUGUUUCUCAGUCAGUUUUUGCCCUGGAAUUGGAGAGGUUCCCUUCCUUCCCAGUUCUGGUUUUAAAUGGCACUUGUAAGAAUGCAGAUCACAACGUGUUCCUGACCAGGCUUCUCCAGAGUGACAAGAACAUGGGGAGACACUUGACGUGGCAAAAUUUGUGCCCUCGUCUGCACCUGCACAGCCUGGGUGCACAUGAGUCCUGCUGUGAAAGCUGCCUCUCAGCUGCCCGCCUGUCAGAGCUGAACCAUGGAGGCUGUAGAACAGAUUUUAAUGCUUGAGAGAACGGGUUGUCUUCAGCAGUAUGCUAAGCCUCCUUUAUAUUGUGCUGAUGAUGUAAAGGCAUUAUAAAGUGGGUACAAAUGUAGUUGAAAAUGCUUCUUCCAUCAGCAUUGAAGGAGAAUAAGGCCUUUCAGAUUUUACGUUUUUCUCUGUUAGAUUUUUUUGUUGUUGUUGAAGGUGAAUUGUUGUGUUUCUUAAGAGUUCCUGUGUCUUUUCUGGCAAACCUCCCACUUUAAGGAAGACUCAUUGCAGCUAAUAUUUCUGCAGUGGGAUGUAGAUAAUACAUGCAGAAACAGCCCUUUUGCUAUCUCCUCUUACUGUUCGGGAAUAGAAGAGAAGCCACAGCAGUCUUCAAGUCUGUGCCUGGAGAAGACUUCAUUUCUAAUAGUUACAUAUUUUUUUAUGUUAAAGAAGACACGUAGAAAGUUUUUAUUGAAAGCUGGAAGGACAAGAGGAUGCAGUUGAAGAGACGUGCGUUUGCUUCUUCGCUGUCUCAAACUUCCCAAGUGACCUUGGGCAAUUUGCUCAGCCUUUCUAUCAAUUUUUUUUUUUUUUCUUCUGUAAAAUGUGAUAGUGGCAUUUCUCUGCCUCACAGGAAAGGGUGACAGUACAUUGAAGAUUAAGGUCAUCUUUACAUCUGCUGUACUGUGGACAGUACAUUACAGGUGAAUGGCUAGGUAGUGUUCAUAUAUGAGGAGAACAAAGAGCAUUCAUGUACUUCAGGUCUGUGGCUAGUUUUGGCAUUGCAGUGUCCCUUGAGGCAGACCUCCUAGCAAAGACCUGCAAUGCUGAAAACACUAUUCAAAAACCUAACACUAACGAUUUGUGAAAUGGUUCUAAGAUGUAUAGAAGAUGGAGAAAUUUUCAGUUAUGUAAAUUGUCCUAGGUCUAUUGGUAUAAAUUAACAAGAAACUUGUGUAUAGUAAUUCCUGCUCUAGUCAAAACUUUGAAGUGUUGCAGUUGGACAAAUCUUUACAUGGAAAGGAUGGUACAAUUAAUGUGUACUUGAAAAAGGAUAAAGAUCGUUAUCCAUGUCAUCUUAAGGGCUGUGACUAGGUAGAAAUGUGGAAGAGCUAAAUCAUGCACGUUACUUCAAGGGGAAGAAAAAAGGGUUGUGCGUGGAUGUUCGUGGAGGUGCUCCUGGCAAGAGUAUGUACUUUUAUCGUCUGGGAGUCUUUUAGAACUGGUUUCUUAUUUUUCCUCAAAUUAUUCUUAUCAUAUAACCACACAAUAUUGUUUGGAACAUUUGUUCCUUAAAAUUUGAAUCAUACUGUAAAUACUUACUGGUGUGUCAUUGUGAAAAGACUAGCUUUUUAUCAAUAUAGUAAAUGCUAUAUAUGCAUUAUAUCUAUAAUUAUAUAUCUGUAUUUUACAAAAAUGCCACAGAAAAUAUAUUAAAGUGUGUAUUCAAACACUUUUUUCUACAUUUGGAAAAUCUGAGGAACUUGGGCCUUCUUUUUUUCUCUCUACAACUUCAGCGAGACCAAAGGAACUGACUCUAAGGUAAGCUCUGAAAUUCAAAGACUUAAUAUGUCGAGCUGCAGUGAUCCAGCUAGUCCACAAUUCUUGCAUGGUUCAGUUUAACCAUCUGCUGUUGAACCUCUCCGGUCAUUUGUAUGUAAAGGUCACAACAGAUGUUGGGUACAAGAAGAUGCUGGGACUGACUGCAGAGCUGUGAGGUUUUUAUGUGGGAAGAAGGGACUAAGCAGCUUGCUGGGCUCAUUAGCUAGUGAUGGAGCUUUGCUGGUUCCUCAUAGCCCAGCUCAUCCCAGCUGCCAAGAUCAGCUGCCCCACAUCAGCUGGAUCUGGGAAGUUAGCCCUUCCAUGUGAUCAGGAGCUCGGUUCCCUGCAUAUUUUCUCUUUGUGCUUUUACUUUGGAUAUUCCAUCUUUGUUCUGCUUAUUCUAAAUGCAAAAAUCCAUUGAUUCCUAAGGCACAAUUAUAUAACCUUUAAUCAGCUGGACAUACUGUUACCCAGCAAUGAGCAAAAUUUCUCCCCGCCUGAAAUACUGUUAUGCGUAGUGGCCUUAUUUCCUAUUGUGUUGCAAUAAAUGAUUCCAUGUGACAUAGGGCACAGGGCCUGGAAUUCUGAUUACUUUAGAGACUAGAGUUUCAUAGUCACUUAACACCAGCAUUGUUGCAAAUGACCAGAAUUAGGGCAAGAGAAGUAGGCAUG